AUGGCAAAGAAGAAAACGAAACAGCGCAAGUCCAAUGUGAUUCCGCAACCCCUCACCCCAGAGAUCUCUCCCAAAAUUGACUAUCAUCGGCCUUCGUCAUCCAAGCGCUAUGGCAUUCCCGCUCAUUUCCUUCGGAACUACCCAAAGCUUGCCCCUGCAAGACUCGGAUUAUCGACUUUUAUCUUGUCUCAUGUUGACGAAGAUGUUGGGCAUACCGUGGUACACUUCUUAUAUACAGGUGGCUACGAGACGGUCAGCUCGCCUCUUAGUGGAUGCCCGUCAGAUCUCGCUAGAGAGUACAAGAGGAGCGUUUUAGUCUACCACGCGUCAAGGACUUGGGGUCUCACUGAUCUUGAAGUCCUUGCUCAGCAAAAGAUGCAGCACUUUGAUAACGAGCUUUCUAUUAUUGAGAUACUGCGGGUCAUGAGGGAUGUUUUUUCAAGCCUCCCUGCUGGUGAAACUUGGCUUCCAAGUUACAUUCAAGAAAACCUGCAGCGACAAUUAAAGCCUAAUGAUCCAGGGCUUGGGUUACGCGAAUUUUACGAUAUCAUCGGCCAAGACCAUCAGUUUGAUAAUGCGGUGAUGAAAUUGAUUAUCGAGAUACUAUCUAUGCGUAUAUUUUCUAUGAAAGAUCAGCGCGAAGAGCCUGAGCCUGUUCCAGAAGAGCCUGAGCCUGUUCCAGAAGAGCCUGAGCCUGUUCCAGAAGAGCCUGAGCCUGUUCCAGAAGAGCCUGAGCCUGUUCCAGAAGAGCCUGAGCCUGUUCCAGAAGAGCCUGAGCCUACCGAGUCUCUCAUCGAAGAGCCUGAGCCAGUUCCAGAAGAGACCCCUGCUGAGGGAAAUAGCGAACAGUGGACUAUUCCCCAAGUGCCUGCUAAUGCUGACGGCUGGCCGCGCGCUUCUUUGUUACCGGGGGGUACGCCUGACACCGAAUUACUACAAGAGACUCCUGAUCAGGGCCACAUAGCGAGGAUUUCAUGCUCGGACUUGAAUCUGUAUGAGAAUUGGGGAAGCCUGUCUUCGAAGAGAAGAGCUAUAAGGGCUAGCAAGCUUAGGUCUAGAGGACUUCCUGUCCCAAGCGAGACUGGUUUCAUUUCUAUAGUUGCAGAUUGA